GGAGUGGCGAGAAACGGAGUUGAAGUUGCGAGGGCAACGUAGACGCCACGAAUGUUUCGUUCGAUAAACGUCCGGUGAGUGUUGUGUGGUGAAGCCAGGGAGGGUCGCGUUAGUCGUGGAAACCGCUGUAGAUAUUCGCGAUGGACGACGAGCCGGCGGCGGCGAUACCUGUUGCGGACCGAAUUGGUUCCUCUCCUCGCCUGUAUAUCGGCACGCCUUUUAAGUGAUUCUCAGUCAUCGCGUGAGUGACUGGGCGAAGAGCAGAAUGCACCGUCGUGUCCCUUGUUGACGUUUCUCGUCUGAACGUGUAUAUGUGGGUUGACGGUGUCAAACGUCCAGUGAUCGUCGUCAUAAGCGUAUCAUCCGUGCCAUUCGACGUCGUGUAGCAUAAAAAGUCGCGAGCUCCGGGAAUCGGCCGUUUGCUUCGUCAGUACGAAGCAAAAGAAAACAAAAAAAAAACAAAAAACAAAAAAAAGAAAUGGGUAUCGUGCAAAGCCGUGAUAGCGAGGGCGAUGGAGGUGUGCGCCAAGUAUUUGUCGGUGGUAUCAAGGCCGGUGUUGUGCCUCAUCACUCGUGUCAUCCGGGCAGUUUGGGCGGACCUCAUCACACACGCAGCGGCAGCGUACGUAGCGCGCCAAGGCAGCCGAUGCCGGACGCUAUCGAACUCGAAAGACGCUUCACCAAAGUGCUGGCCUCUAUGGAUUUACCACCGGACAAAGCGAAACUCUUAAAACAAUAUGACAAUGAAAAAAAAUGGGACAUUAUAUGUGACCAAGAAAGAGUACAGGCGAAAGAUCCACCGUCUCAUUAUCUAGCGAAAUUACGUACUUACCUGGACCCCAAAGCAUCACGAAGCCAUCGAUCGUAUCGUUUCCUUACAUUCUUCCAGAAAAGGAAAAUGGUUGGAGAGUCUACGUCAACUCAAGUUUUACGCGAUCUGGAAAUAUCCUUACGCACAAAUCACAUUGAAUGGGUGAGAGAGUUCUUGGAUGAAGAAAAUCAAGGCUUGGAUGCUUUGAUAGACUACCUCAGCUUCAGACUACUGAUGAUGCGGCACGAACAGCGGCUCUUGGAAUCUCAUGCAAGUUCCGAAGAAAAAUUCGAAACUACAGGCGCCGGUGAUAUUUCGUCGUUAAAUAACGGAUGCUUAAGACCGCCUCUUCACGAGCUCAAAGAUAGUCCUGGUGUUAAAAGGAGAUCUCGACACGUGGCGCGUCUAAAUAUGGGCGAAGCAAAAGACGACAUUCAUGUUUGUAUAUUGUGCAUGCGCGCAAUUAUGAAUAAUAAGUAUGGAUUUAACAUGGUUAUUCAACAUAGAGAAGCUAUCAAUUGCAUUGCAUUAAGUUUAAUCCAUAAAAGUCUGAGAACAAAAGCUUUAGUGUUAGAGCUGCUUGCUGCAAUUUGCCUAGUAAAGGGUGGCCACGAAAUUAUUUUGUCAGCGUUCGAUAACUUUAAAGAAGUUUGCUCCGAGAGAAGAAGAUUUACGACACUAAUGGCAUAUUUCACUCAGUACGACAGCUUUCAUAUAGAAUUUAUGGUUGCAUGUAUGCAAUUUGUUAAUAUUGUCGUGCAUUCGGUUGAGGAUAUGAACUUCAGGGUACAUUUACAAUACGAAUUUACAAAGCUUGGAUUGGACGAAUAUCUUGAGAAACUUAGGCACACCGAGAGUGAAGAUUUACAGGUUCAAAUCUCGGCGUAUUUAGAUAACGUGUUUGAUGUAGCUGCCUUAAUGGAAGACAGCGAAACAAAGACUGCAGCGUUAGAGAAAGUAGCGGAAUUAGAAGACGAACUUGGCCACGCACACGACCGUAUGGCAGAAUUAGAAAGAGAAUCAUUGGCGAAAUUAGCGGAGUUAGAAACUGAAUUAGGCGCAUUAAAAGUAGAAUAUGCUGAUGCUUUAGAAGCACGUAGAUUAGUGGAGGAAGAACUCACGGCUCUGAAGAGACAGAGACAAGAUUCUGCUCGAAGACAGAGCGUUCUGGAGAACAAGAUUAUUGAAUUGGAAACUCUUACAGGAACGCUUACAAAAGGCUCGUCAGCCGCUAGUUUACGAAACGGAUCUGCAACGAGUCCAUUAAACAAUUCGAAUGAUAUUACAUCUGAGUCGUUCACAUCACCACCGUCACCGACGUCAAGUCAAGCGCCUUCACCAGCUCCUGCACCACCACCUCCACCUCCGCCACCUUGUCCACCGCCGCCUCCUAUGGCGCCUCUUUCCCCGGGAGACCAUAAGUUACCACCACCUGUACCGAUACCUCCACCACCUGCUGGCAUGAUGCAAGCGCCUGACGGCGCGAUGACUAUUAAACGAAAAGUCCAAACAAAGUACAAACUUCCUACACUGAACUGGAUCGCUUUGAAACCUAAUCAAGUGCGAGGUACUAUCUUUAAUGAACUAGACGAUGAACGUCUACACAACUACAUCGACUUCUCCGAUUUUGAAGAACGCUUCAAGAUCGGUAUGAGCGGACACGUGGCCAAUGGUAAUAGUGAGAUUGAUGGACUUCACAGCUUCCCGAGUAAACGAUUCAAGAAACCUGAAAAUGUAUCACUGUUGGAACACACGAGAUUGCGAAAUAUUGCAAUAUCACGUCGAAAGAUGGAAAUGCCCGUUGAGAAAGUAAUAAUGGCGGUAAAUGCUCUUGACUUGAAAGUUCUUUCACUUGAAAAUGUAGAAUUGCUUCAACGUAUGGUACCCACGGAUCAAGAGAUAAAGGCUUAUCGCGAAUAUAUUAUAGAAAAGAAGAAUGUCAAUUUAUUGACGGAAGAAGAUAAAUUUUUGAUGCAACUCGGUAAAGUAGAGAGGAUAUCUACCAAAUUGUCAAUUAUGAAUUAUAUAGGAAAUUUCUUCGACAAUUUACAUCUUAUUACGCCACAAACACAUGCUGUGAUAUCUGCGUCCAGUUCUGUUAAGAGUUCAAAGAAGUUAAAAGCAGUAUUAGAAAUCAUUCUUGCCUUUGGUAACUACUUAAACAGUAGCAAACGGGGCCCAGCGUACGGCUUCAAGUUACAAAGUUUAGAUACAUUAUUGGAUACCAAAUCAACCGACAAAAGAAUGUGCCUUUUGCAUUACAUUGUUGCCACAAUACGAGUCAAAUUCCCAGAACUGAUUAAUUUUGAAUCGGAAUUAAUGUACAUCGAUAAAGCUGCAACAGUCUCGCUGGAGAAUAUAACAACUGAUGUUCACGAACUGGAAAAAGGCAUGGAUCUUGUACGGAAAGAAUUCGAAUUACGCGGCAAGGAAAAGCACAAUACAGUAUUGCGUGACUUUUUGAAUAACUCUGAAGAAAAAUUGCGUCGUUUGAAACUUGACGCACGCACUGCUGGUGAAACAUUCCGAGAGUGUGUAGAAUUCUUUGGGGAAAGCCCAAGACAGGCUGAUGCUAAUACCUUUUUCUCUCUUCUCGUCAGAUUCGCGAGAGCAUUUAAGGUAGCGGAUCAAGAGAAUGAACAACGUCGCAGAUUAGAAGCUGCUGCAGCAGAAGCUUUAAAUACUUCAGAAGAAGUUAUAAAACGUAAUAAGUUAAAUCAGAAGAAACAACAGGAUGCUGUUAUAAACGAACUGAAAAACAAAACGCGAUUAGUGCAAGAGAAAAAGCUGUUGCUACAGGAUGAAGUAUACAAUGGUGCCCUAGAAGAUAUUCUUCUCGGUCUUAAGUCUGAACCGUAUCGCAGAGCAGAUGCUGUGAGGCGUAGUCAACGACGACGGAUCGAUAAUCACAGGCUUUCACGCACUGCCGAGGAGCUUGAACUCUAAUCUUUUGUAUCUCGAGUUCAAAGUAACAUAGCUUUAUACAAAAAUGAAAAAGUUGACAGAGAACGCCAAACAAGUUCGAAAAUAAUAAUAAUUUUGAAAAUAUUAAGAACAGAAACGCAAAUAAUUGUACAUUUUACAAGUGUAUAUUUUUGCCACUUCACAUUUUGGAAGCUUUUUACUUGUACGCUUUAUUGCGAGCAUACAAGUUCGAAACUGAUAAGCGACAAUAUUCAUACGUCCAACUAAAUUAGAUUUUCGUGCACGAAUUCUCAUAAUGGUGCUGAAAGUUCAAAUGCCAUGAACUUAACAUUUACAUAGACUUGGAAUUAAAUUUUUCAAAACUUAUUAUUUUUUGCACAAAGACGUCCGCUAGAAUGCAUUUAUUAUUUAAUACUAGUAAAUUUUCUACGAAUAGUAGAUAUAAAAAUCUCGUACAUUCAAUUUAGCAUAAUAUAAAGGAACAUAUAUAAUAUGCAGAAUAAAUUAAGAUAUCUUUAUUGCACAUUUAUAAGCAAUUUUAAAAAAUAUUUUUCGACUUUUAUAUGAAAUUUAUAUAUGUUCAUUGUACGCGAGAUGUUUCUUUUGUCUCUAUGUAUUCAAGUAAAAUUGUUUACAUUUAGUUAUUGUUGAUUGUUAUACGUAUUGAAAAUAUUUAUAUAAUUCUUGUUUUCUCUUCUAUUUCUCACUCACUUAUUCAUGUACGCAAUAUCUCAAUAUUCAAUUGCUCUUAAAAAAUUAUCUAGUAUCAAAUGGACACAUUUAUUUAUUAACUCUUAAUACAUGUGUGUGUGUGCAGUACACAUGCAUUAAAGAGAAUUUAAUAAAUUUUUUUGCUAUAGUAAGAAACAUUCCUGUAAUAAUAAGCUAAUGAAAACAUUGUUAUUUCAUGAACGCACAAAAUUCAUUUUAAAAUUUUUCUACUGCAAAUUUGCACAAUUGUACUUUGUGUUCACACCAAAAAUAAAAUUAGACUUAUAUAUUAUAAAAUAUAAUAUUUAGUAUAGUUUCAUAUAUAAUAUUUCUUCAACAAUUUCAUCUAUAUUGUAGUACGUACUUUUGUAGCACAACUGAAAGGGUGAUAUGUACAUUGUUUCAUAUUAUCUUGAAAUAUUUUUUAAAAUCAGGUUUUGCACAAUAUUUAUAACAUUCCUUGAACGUUCUAUCAAGAAUAAAUUAUACGAGCGAAUAGAAGUAAUAGCAUAAAAACAAUAGCAUAUACUAGUUAUAUAAAUCGACAUAUAUGUAUACAAGUUAAAAAAGAAGAGAUAGAUAUGUAUGAAAAUAUAAAAAUCAAACAAUUGAACAUCGAUUAUAGAACAACCAUUCUUUAUAAAAAAAAAAAAGCGUUUUUUAUUAUGCAAAGCUUACGAAAAAAGACUGCGCAUCUACAAGCCUUUUCCUGAUUCAUGACAUAUCGCAAUUAUUUUGGAAAUUUUUAUAUUAUUACUUUUGUACGUUUUUUAUAUAUCACAUAGUAGAAGAGAGAAAAAAAUGUAAAUAAUGCUGUAAUAUAUAAAAAAUUUACUAAAAUAAUUAUAAUUACUAUUAUAUCGUAGUUCGAUUACCAAUGUGAUGUUUAGAUAAAAUAUUUUGUAUUGUAAGUGUUACUCUCUCUCUUAGUGCAUAAAUAUUUUGUCUAUUCGCAAUUUAUGACAAGAAAGUUAUUUCAUAUUAAAAUAAAGCGACGCGUAUCUUAUGUAUUUUUUGCAAUAAACUGUAAAUACACAUACAUACGUAUA